AUGGGACAACGGCACCAGGUGUUCCUCAUCGCCCGUGUUCGCCCUAAACACGGUGAUCCCGCAUAUCGAUGCAUAGCGGCCUUCCAUCACCAAUGGUGUUACGGCAGCCUCCCCCUGAGUGCCAUGUACCGUUUCUUCCGACUCGUAACGCGGCCGGAAAACGCAGCGAUCUUACGCGAGGAGCUGCGCGAGAUGGACGGAAAGUACGGAAAUGCGCACCAGGAGAGCGACCCGGUGCCCAGGGCCCCUUGUCCGUACGGCGUCUCGCUUCUAGCGACUGCUUGGACGACGGACCUCCCCGACAUCACGUCCAGUGCCAACAGCGUGACAACCAUGUCUCGAGGCUCCCACUACGACGGCACCCUCAUUUCCUGCGUAGAUAACGCCGACGGAAUCUCUAUAAUCGAUGUGACCGACCCACUACGGCCGGCCUACUGUUUCAUGACAGGCUUUCGCCCGCUGUCCGCAUAUGAGUAUCUUCAAAAGUUUUAUGGCUUACGAGGCAAGUAUACCAUCACUGGCCAUAUGAAUCCAAAUAACGCUUCAUAG